CAUUUCGUGUUAACGACGCAGGAACAAGUGAUAUGAAAACUGAUAAAAUUGAAACAUUAUCGAACAAUGCCCAACUUGAUAUUGGUUCCUUGCACAAAGUAUAUGAGCUGCUGCACAAGUGCUCCGAGCAGCUGAACUCGAUUAUGAGUUUUCCGAUGCUGAUGAUGCUAUUCACGUCGGGAUUCUCGACAACGUUGCUUUUGAAAAUAUUAGUGAAGAUUAUACAGGUGCAGGAAACUAUGGACCCGAAAAUAGUAACGAUCGCGGUGAUAUAUCUUGUGGUGCGGUGCGUCAAAUACACGCUACUAGUGGUCAUGCCUUGCUACUACUCCAGUAUCACUUCUUCCCAAGUGGCUACCAUACGUACGACGCUCCACGAUUCUUUGAACACUAUGCCGCUAGACAAACUGGAGCGCCGGCGAGUUAAAGCGUUUUUCCUUUUGACCAAAGAGAGCGAAUUUGUUUACGCCCUCGCGGGUUUCAUCAGGCUCAACAUGACACUGCCUUUGAGCUACACCAGUCUCUGCACCACGUAUUUGGUUAUUAUAAUACAGUUCUCAAAAUUCCUCGACUAAGAAGAGUAUUGAAAAUGAGAAUCAGGUUAGAUAAUCUAGGUCAGUGGCGGCUCAUCCGAAAGAGCGCUGGUGCAGUGCACUCCCACGAAAAUUACAUACUUAGCUAAUUUAAUAAUUUAUAUAUAUUUAUAAUACAUAAGAUCCUUACACAA